CUUCAGUUUCAUAUGAAAUGAAAGAGAAAAAAAUGAGCACGCUGGUUGCUCCCAAGGACUUCUCUCCUGUUGCCGAUGCGGAGGCCAUCAAGAAGGCUUGCCAAGGAUGGGGAACGGACGAGAGGGCCAUAAUCUCAGUCCUAGGACACAGGAACAUAUUCCAGAGAAGGCUCAUCAGGUUGGCGUAUGAAGAAAUCUACCAUGAAGACCUCAUCGGGCAGCUCCAGUCUGAGCUCUCCGGUCAUUUCGAGAGAGCUUUGUGCCACUGGAUCUUGGACCCGGCUGAUCGGGACGCGGUGUUUGCUAACUCGGCGCUGAAGAGGGCGACACCUGAUCAUCGGGUCGUUAUAGAACUCGCGUGUCUCAAGUCCCCGGAGGAGCUGUUGGGAAUCAGGAGAGCGUACAAAUUCCGGUACAGGCGUUCCUUGGAAGAGGAUGUGGCUGCUCACACUACCGGAGAUGUCCGAAAAAUUCUCGUCGCGCUCGCGAGUGCUUACAGAUAUGACGGCAACGACAUCGACAAGGAAAUGGCUAAAUCGGAAGCGGGUAUUCUCCGUGACGAAAUCCACGGGAAUGCUUUUAACCAUGAAGAGCUGACCAGAAUCUUGAGUACAAGAAGCAAGGCGCAGCUCAAUUCAACCUUCAAUCACUACAGGGACAUCCACGGCACUUCUAUCACCAAGGGAUUGUCGGGAGACCCGGCGAAUGAGUAUCUAGAGGGACUGCUACGGACCGCUAUCAGAUGCAUCAAGGACCCCAGGAAAUACCUUGCAAAGGUGCUUCGCACUGCCGUGAAUGCGGUCACGACCGACAAAGACGCUCUCGCCAGAGUCAUCGUCACCUGCGCAGAGAAGGACUUGGCGGAGAUCAAAGAGCUUUUCCUCAAGAGAAGCAGCACGUCUCUUGAGGAAGCCGUGGCCAACAGCACCUCAGGAGACUUCAAGGAGUUUCUUCUGACUCUACUUGGGAGUGAAGACAACUAGAGGAUUUCCUUCUUGGGAGUUUUCAGAUAGAAUAAUGAGUUGGAGCCGUUGCAUUGCGUCCAAGUACAACAUGGUUAGCACUGCCAAAGGAUUGAUUUUCCUUUUCUCCAUGGCUUUGAUUUGACUCUUCCUUCCAUGCGCAA